GGGGGCGGGGCCGGAGCGGGUGGGCGGCGUGGCUGUGCGGGCUGGACGCCGCUGCCGUGCUGCCAGCGGACCCGCGGCGGGCUCGGGCGCGGAGCGGGGGCGCGCGGCGAGGAGCUGAGCGUCUCAGCGCCGGCAGAGACUAGCCGGCGGUGGCAGCGGCUCCCGGCCCGGCCGGUGGAAGGCCUCGGACUGAGCGGCGGCCGAGCGGGGCUCGGCCCGGGGCGCUCGGGGAGCUCGCAGCGGCGGGGAGCAGGAGGAAGCGGCGGCGGCGCGUCCCGAGCGGUGCGCGCCAUGGCGGGCGGGCCCCCCAAGGCCCUGCCGUCCACGGGGCCCCACUCCCUGCGCGACAUGCCGCACCCGCUGGCCGGCUCCAGCAGCGAGGAGGCCGUGGGUGGUGACAGCACGCCCAGCCCGGACCUGCUGAUGGCCCGCAGCUUCGGUGACAAGGAUCUCAUUUUGCCCAACGGUGGUACUCCAGCGGGUACUUCAAGUCCCGCUUCUUCAUCUUCCCUUCUCAACAGACUUCAGCUUGAUGAUGACAUUGAUGGUGAGACUAGAGAUCUCUUCGUUAUAGUCGAUGAUCCCAAGAAGCAUGUGUGUACGAUGGAGACCUACAUCACCUAUAGGAUCACCACCAAAAGUACUCGGGUGGAGUUUGACCUGCCAGAAUAUUCUGUUCGUCGAAGGUACCAGGAUUUUGACUGGUUGAGGAGCAAACUGGAAGAAUCCCAGCCCACUCAUCUCAUUCCCCCUCUUCCCGAGAAGUUUGUGGUAAAAGGUGUUGUGGAUCGUUUUUCAGAAGAGUUUGUGGAGACCAGAAGAAAAGCUUUGGAUAAAUUUCUAAAAAGAAUUACGGAUCAUCCUGUGCUCUCUUUCAAUGAACACUUUAAUGUUUUCCUUACUGCUAAGGACCUGAACGCCUACAAGAAGCAAGGGAUAGCACUGCUGACCAGAAUGGGCGAGUCAGUCAAGCACGUCACUGGCGGCUACAAGCUGAGGACUCGGCCGCUUGAGUUUGCCGCCAUAGGUGACUACUUAGAUACGUUUGCACUCAAACUGGGAACCAUUGAUCGAAUAGCCCAGCGGAUCAUCAAAGAAGAAAUAGAGUAUCUUGUGGAGCUGAGAGAAUACGGGCCUGUAUACUCCACAUGGAGCGCCUUGGAGGGUGAGCUGGCUGAACCCCUGGAGGGUGUAUCAGCUUGCAUUGGGAACUGCUCUACAGCCUUAGAAGAGCUGACAGAUGACAUGACAGAAGAUUUCCUACCUGUGCUCAGGGAAUAUAUUUUAUACUCUGACUCCAUGAAGAGUGUAUUAAAGAAGAGGGACCAAGUUCAAGCAGAGUACGAAGCCAAACUGGAAGCUGUGGCUCUGCGGAAGGAAGACCGCCCCAAGGUGCCAGCGGACGUUGAGAAAUGUCAAGAUCGGAUGGAGUGUUUCAAUGCUGACCUGAAAGCUGACAUGGAGAGGUGGCAGAACAACAAGAGGCAGGACUUCCGGCAGCUACUCAUGGGGAUGGCUGACAAGAACAUCCAGUAUUAUGAGAAGUGCCUCAUGGCGUGGGAGUCGAUUAUUCCACUACUGCAGGAGAAACAAGAGGCCAAGUAAGUUCCUUCUUGGGACGGAGACUCUUCUACCUACACAGGGCCUGGCACCCCAUACCGGAAUGUUCCUGCAGUGCCAGAGAUGCAGCGCUGGGAAAACAACCACAGAAACAUCUCUCCUUUGUGUAUUUUUCCCUCCCCCACCUUUCACCCCACAGUGGUUUUCAAUUAGUAUUUAUUCCAUGGUGGAGUCUGUGAGGCUGGAAUCGUCUCUCAGCAAGAGCAGCAUACCUCUGUGUUAUGAAGGCACCUGUUCAGUGAAGCACUACGAAAAUUUGAAACCAAGGGACAAGACAACCUGCAGCUGAUGCUCUGGCAUUUCAUGACAAUUUCCUCUUUAGGGACAGCUGAGUUGCCUGUUGUGGGAGAGAACCCGGGGCCUGCUUUUCAAGGAUGAGGAGGAGGCAGGAACAGAAGGCAGCUGUUGCUUUCUGCGGAAACCUGGCGCCUCUGGAAUUGGCCUCUGUGAGCAUUGACGCGUCUUGGCCUAGGAGACGUUGGUGCCUCCCUGGCAAGUCCUUAACGUACAAUGACCUGUAGCUGUGAGUGUGGCCUGCUGCCUGCUUGUGAUGAGUCUUACUGUUUCUGUUUCACAUAGGGACAUUUAAAUCAGUGUCAGUGUGCGUCCAUGCUUGAGAGUGAGCAAGCUAGCGUCCUUGUCCUCCUGCGAUGCCUUUGGGAAGCUCAGGGUAAUGCUCCCCAAGCUUGUUUCUGACACUAGAAUGCAAUCGAUUGGAAACUUCUUCUGUAAAAUGAAAAAAAAAAAAUGCUUUUUUUUUUUCUUUUUUCUGUGAAAGUCUUCAGUGUUUUGCUUGUUCACUGUCAUCAGAGCAGGGAUUAGACCUGUUAGGAAAUAUGUAUUGUCUUGAAGUCAGAGUAGCUCCCCCAUUGUUGAGAUCAGUGGGCAUAUACCAAGCUCCACACCCAGCGUCAGCUUUGUGCAAUUUGCCUUUACCUCACCAAAAAUACCUACUUUAAUAUUUCCUCCUGUGUCCACUGAAUGUCUGGGCAAGCUUUUGGUGAGGGGGCUGGUAUGUCGUGUUGUUAUGAUACAGUCGAAAUUUAUCAACGCAGUGUGAAUGUUCUACAUAAAGUGCUUUAACCCUUAACAUUUCCUGGUCAGGAAGGAAACUCAGUACCUGGAGGUCUUGAAAAUGACAAAUACAACAGCGAGCCCUUUGUUUCCAGCUAAGCUAAAGUCUCCUCAGUGUGCAGCCAGAUUCCUGGGGACUGCUGACUGUGGUUCCAGGCUACAUUUCAGACAAUGACCAGGUUUACUUUUCAGAUCACAAAGCAGUCACCAAGGAUCUAGCUUCCAACCCUUUUUUUUUUUUUCCUGCUGAAAUGAAGCUACAUGUCAUGUUUGUGUUCUUUCAUCCGUGGCUCAUCCCUGUAAAACUACGAAUCUGAGCCUCAAAUAAGCGGUAGUUUUUUUCGUUUGUUUGUUUUGUUUUUAAUGAAACAGCUGUGUUAAGAUGCUGCUUCAGAUGCAAGUUCACCUGGAAAUACUGGUCAGCGGGCAGCAUGUCAAGGUCACUUAAGCCCACUUUUAACUGCAGGUCAUCCUCGCAUCGGCCAAGGCUGUGGUGCUGUUGAUGCCACAGCUGGACAGCAUAGGACAGCUUGGUUCUGUUUCAUUGUGUUUGACAAUGUUGCAGUUUAAAUGAUAAUGUUUAAAUCAAUUGGUACUUGUCUGUACUGUUAAACCCUAUUUGUGCCAUUCUCAAGUCCUUUGAUGUGAAUUUUCGGUUUGGUAUAGUUAGAAAUGACUCAUUGAUGUGGAAGGGUAAGAACAACCCAUGUACCCCCGAGUGAUUCUGUGCUUCAUUCUACCUCUAAGCCAUCGUGUUGGCGUGGGUAUGGACGCCUGGGUCUGACCUGACACUGUGCUGGGAGAAUCAGGGUGUAUGUCUAAUGGCAAGUUGACAGCCCUCUGUUGAUAUUUGGCAGAAGAUGCCAGACCAGCCCAGCAGCAAAUGCUCAUCUUUGGGAACAUAGGAAGCUCUGCCUUGGGGAAGGUAUGCUUUAUGUGCAGUGUAAUGAAUGCUUGGAAAAAACUGGAGUUACAGGAAAAUGAAAUCUGACUGUCUGCUAGUUGCCAAAGCCCAGAAACAUUCCUGUGUAAUGGUUAGUUGGGAAAGAAGGCAGCACUUGAAAAAAAUUCAUCAGGUUCCUCACUGGGAGAUGUGGGAAGGGGCGUGGGAUGCACACGGUCACUCCCUCUCCUAGUGAGAGGCAGAUGGCUGCCUCUGAAGGGAGGCGGGGACCGUGGGAUUUGGUCUUGCUCUGUCUGGUCCCCAUGUGAUGCCCUGUGCUGUGAGACAUCAGAAAGAUCUGGAACAAGGCAAACUUUCUGUCCUCCUGGCAUGUUAUUGAUGGCAAAGCCAGGAAGUCCAGUGUACAUUACAGAUUUUCUGGGAGAAAUAGUCCUUCUGAAGAAAGGAUUCCUUCCCAACCUCCAGGCUGGUGCCUCAUGAGGUGAGGAGCUGGCCCAGAAGGAAGGGUAUGGUAGGUGGUGAAGCAGACUCCCCCAGGCCUCUGAGGGCCAGCAGCCCCAACCAUUUGCCUCUUCGUUUUGAUCAAACACACAGGAGAUAUUCCCUAGAAGUGUCACACGGAGGCUUCUGUGCCAAAGACUGCCUUGUAGAGGUUUCAUCACCCCACCCUUCUUGGCUCCACAAAAUUGUGGUCCUGAGAUCGCCACUCCUCUCUUAAAUAUUUAUUAUUCGUAUUUUUUACUUUACCUCAAGCAGACAGACGUAGGUUUUGAGGUUUGAAUACAUGGCAGUGGAAUGCAAGGCCCUCCCUAGCAGCUGCCCCAGGCCUGGGAAGUGAUAGAUUGCAUUCGCCUGGGUUAAAAAUCCAGAGGAAGACAGAAGAGAGGAGUCCUAGGAACUGGUUAGAUUUUAGAGAUGCAAGUGAUGUUUAAGAGAGCCUUGUGAUUUGUAGCAAGCAUGGGCACUGCUUUUUCUUACUAAUGUGGUAGAUCUACACGGACAUUCUAGGCUGUUCUGCUCAGAGCAAGGAACCACUACUCCUCAAUGGGGAGGGAACAUACCACCCAACCAGGCUUAGCGUUGGGUUUUAUCCUUUAAUAGAAGUUUUAUAAUGAUUCCUGUUCAACUUAAAGUGUGAUUAUGGAGAUGACUGGCUCCAUAUUUCACCAUGUCGUUCCUUCAACUCGCCAGACACCUUUCGUUAGCUGAAAUAAACCGGCAUGACCUGGAGAUCAUGGUGACUGUAAGCUAAGUCUGUUUUCAUGCCAGAUUUCAGCCCCACCCGGAGUGUGUUCUAGACGUUGUUGAUUUGAAUGGUUUUCUCAGUUACCACUCCACAUGGGGACGUUGAAUGAAGGCACACCGGCUGCUCACUUUGUGUGAGGCUGCCUUUUGUGAUCAAAUGACAGGAAGUUCUGCUUUAAAGGAGGGCACGAUGACCAUGUGGCAGUCUGCAAGUGGAAUUUCUCUCUUGGGAUGGCAGCCCAAGGAACAUCCAGAGUUUGUGUGACUUGGUCCUGCCAUUGUUAGCUUUAAAAUCACAGGCAUCGGGCUCUGUUUUGACACCAUUUGUUGGACUGUGGGACAGUUAUUCUUUACAGUCUAUCUUGAGCUAGUGAGAGAGGAGGAAGAGGGAAGUCAAGAGCAACCUCCAAGGCCUGUGUUGGCCUCUUCUGCUUGGGUCUUGGGGUGGGUUAGAACUGGGUUCCAGUGUUGCCAGAUGGGUUGCUGGUUGCACUGAGGGGUGAUUCCUCUCAGAAGAUGGGCUGCCUGUGGUCAGGACAGGCCACACCAAUCUGGACUCCACCUUCCCAGACACCUACUUUAAGGACCUGUGGAAACUGGGUGAUCCAAUUAUAGGGCUGGGGCAACCCUGCUUUGGCCACCUUCAUUUACAAACUUAGGUUGAGAGUUUGGAUUUCCUGUCUCACUUCCAAAAGCCUUCAAGAUGGCAGCAGAUGGACACACCCUCAUUUCUUAUGUCUUCUCUGUCAGAUGGCAGGAGGCAUUUAUCAGUAAAUUUGAGGAGAAUGUUCUCUCCUGGGCCAGCCUCACAGCUUGCAUUGGGUGUGUUGGAAUUGUUCUCUUCUGCCUUGUGAUUUUUUCAACUCAGUGAAUAAACCAGGAAUCCAAUUUUUCACCAACCCACCCUGUAGAUUGUCAGCUUUUUGUUUGAGGGAUGCCUGGUCUCCUCACAGUUACAUGUAUCAGAGUGUGUGUAAGUUGUCUGUGUUGGAAAGGUUGGGGUGGGGGCUCUGUUGCAGGGGGUUAGUCUGUUCUUUCUUCAUCAUAAAUUUGAGAUGCAUCCCAAGUAUGACUGUCUAACCCUUUCUAUGUGGCAGAAAAAUAUGUUUUCCAGGUAGUUUUUACUACUAUAGAUAGUCUGUAAAUAAGUGCUUUGAAGAAAAUAACAAACCAAUAAGAUAUUUGUCUCCUAUAUAAACAUUCUGUGUAUUUAGCACGUGAAAACCAACAAAUCCAGAAUUUAAAAAAAUGCCACAGACUGUUAAAAGCCCAACUCUACUUUUUUGAGAAUUUGUCCUUACCUACUAAUAUGCCUUAUUCUUCUUCAACUAGUGUUUUAAAAGUCCUGGGUAGAAAGAGUUUUAGAAAUGUCAUCAGUUGUUCAGCUUCAAUAAUAUGGAGAUCUAACAUAGUCGGUCCUCAGGCCCCCUAAAGAAACAAGCAAGAAAGUGAGGGCCGUCACUAGGGUUGGCUUUGGGGAGGCGAAAACUAAGUACUGCUUUUGCCAAAUAGUAUUUUUGAUAAUGUAAGGAAACACAGGGACCACAAAACCUUUUUUUUUUUUUUUUUUUUUAAGUGUGAAAGAUUAGUGCCUUUUGGCAUACUAUUGAUUUUAGAGGAUAUAGUAUCGGCAGCGACAAAUCAUGUAGAAACAAAGAAUUCUAUAGAUGACAGCAAUAUUAAAUGUUACUCCUGAUUCUGCAGAACAGCUUUUGAAGAUACUGGGGCGGGUGGGGUAUCUUCAAGCCUCAGAGCAGCUUGUUUCAGAUAGAAAUUCUCCAUGGGUUGAAAUGCCAAAAACAGAAAACAUGAUGUUGACUCACAUAAUUUAGUCCAUUUUAGCAGAGCCUUUAGUGUUAGUACCAGUGGUGAGGAGAAUUGUAUAUUCUGUGUCAGCAGCAGCACCCCCGCAUCAGGUGGUUCUGGGCUCUCUGUAGGCUGGUCCUAGUAGGUGACACCCAGCAACACCCCUGUUGGACAGGAUUGUUCACAGUCUUAGACCAACACUUCAGUCAGAAAUGAUACUGGGAGUAGGAAAGGAAAAUCACUUUUUUUCCUCCAUGUGGAAAUGAGGAGAGAGGAAAGUGGAUUGCAAACCGAAAUGUGAGUCAGUGUGAUGAAGCAGUAGCUCUGUCAUCUGGGCCUUCAUCCAAUAACAAACCAGCAUCUCUUAACGGCGCUUUUGGCCCCUGAAGUUUGGGUCCUGUCUGGUGGAUUCCCUGUCCAUUGUGUUUUCUGUAUGCCUGUUCCCUUCAUCGCUGUGAGUUAGGAGUGCAUUCAGAGAUGACGUUCAUCUGAUAUAUUCCUGUGAAAUAAACUGCCAGCAAACUUUCUAACUUGUAUUUUAACUGUUAAAGAAGAGAUUAAAAACUUUGGCUUUGGACAUGUCCACAUUAUGGACUGUUAUUUCUUAUUUUUAAGAGUCAUUCUUUACGUUGAAAAUUUUAAAAUAAAAACCUUCUGAGGUUUUGAUGAAGUCCGCCGUGUAAAUGUUACCUUCUCUCCAUGCUGCCAUUAUGCCAAAACAAAAGCUGUGAAAAAAAAAAGUGCUUGAGAGUGUGUGUUGAUGAGCAAGUGAUUUAUUUACAGAUGGAAGUCUUUGUUUCAUGAAGCUACCAAACUUUAAAGAGAAUGUCACCCUUCUUUUUGUUGUGGAAACCAGAGAUUGUAAAAUGGAAAGAGUCUUUUUUUGUUGACUUUUUGAUGCUGGCACGAGGUUUUUGUCCACUUUUUUCAUAUAUCUGUGUAUAAAAAAUUGUUGUUUACUAUGGAAUUAGUAUUACAUUUUGAGGUAAACAAAAGAAUUUGUAUUGCUUGAUAAAUAUUAGCUUGUAAAUUUAAAGUUUCUUUACUUCAAUUAACUUAAAGGACCAAUAAACCCAUAAAAGAUG